UGACAGUAGACGAGUAACUAAUAAUUUUUAUUGAUAUUUUCGUGUAGAGCAAUGAUAAUUACAUGAAAUGUAAUUCGUCUUUACUGUUAAUAUUUUAACUCUUCCCGAAAAGAUUGAUUUACUUAAAAGGGUAGUGUUAUUAAAGCCAGCGUCAUGUAUCCGGAUGGUUGCUUUGUCGAUAUCCGAUGCGAGUGCGAGUUUAGUUUUUUGUAAAUCUGUAAUGUUAUGAGUGCUCUUUUGAGCUGGUUAGCAUAAUGCCAGUACAGCAGAUUAAUGUUAAGAAUUCGUCGGAAAUCGAGAGUUGGGAAUGGAACGGUGGUUGCGGGCGAGAGGUGAUCCGGGGAGGGUCAGACAGCAGUCGAACCUCAUGCAGCAACUCGAGCGGAGAUAUCUGUCGCAUCUGCCACUGCGAGAGCGAGGUCCACAACCCGCUUCUGGCGCCCUGCUACUGCUCAGGGAGCCUGAAGUACGUCCACCAGAGCUGCCUACAGCAGUGGCUGACGGCGUCCGAGACGCGCUCCUGCGAGCUGUGCAAGUUCAACUUCAUAAUGCACACCAAAAUAAAGCCUUUCAAUGAGCUAUUGGAUAUGGAUGAUGAUGAUGGAUGGAUGGAUGGCAUAUUAAACAAUUUCAAGACACAAUUAUGA